AUGGCCACUUCUGUUAUGCUAUCCACUUCUUUCUCUCCCACACAUCACCGAUCCCUUUUCCGCCCCUCCAAACCAAAACUCCCUUCACACUCCUCCCUCAAUCCCCCAUGUUGGAACACAAAACCCCUCUCUUUGCAUCACACCUUCAACUUCACCUUCCUCGCCCGCUCUUUAACAAAAGACCAAGAAAAAUCAACCCUCGUCGGCGAGGAUUCCGCAGUGUUCGAUUUGACAAAACAGAAAAUAUCCUCCUGGAUUUACUUCACCGCAGUUUUAGGACUUGUUCUCUUCGUCCUAAACGUAGCUUGGAUCGAUAAUUCAACUGGCUUCAGCAAACCUUUCGUCGAUUCCGUUUCACGGCUUUCCGAUUCUCACGAGGUGGUAAUGUUGAUCCUAUUUCUCGUUUUCGCCGUUUUCCACAGCGGCAUGGCUAGCCUCCGCGACGCCGGCGAGAAACUCAUCGGAGAAAGAGCUUUUCGUGUUAUUUUUGCAGGGAUAUCGCUACCCUUGGCUGUCACUACUGUUGUUUAUUUUAUUAACCAUAGAUAUGAUGGAGUUCAACUCUGGCAGCUUCAGAGUAUUCCAGGGAUUCAUUCAUUUCUCUGGCUUUCCAAUUUCAUAUCUUUCUUUUUCUUAUAUCCUUCAACCUUUAAUCUCUUAGAGGUUGCAGCAGUUGACAAACCUAAAGUACAUCUAUGGGAAACUGGCAUCAUAAGAAUAACCAGGCAUCCACAGUUGGUUGGCCAGGUAAUCUGGUGUCUUGCUCAUACGGUUUGGAUUGGAAAUUCAGUGGCUGUUGCAGCUUCAAUUGGCUUAAUUUCACAUCAUCUAUUUGGUGCUUGGAAUGGAGAUAGACGAUUGGCUAUAAGAUACGGAGAAGAUUUUGAGAAAGUCAAGAGUCGAACAAGUAUUGUCCCUUUUGCAGCAAUCCUUGAUGGCCGUCAAAGAUUACCCGAAGAUUUCUACAAGGAGUUUAUUCGAUUACCAUACUUAGCGAUUACUGCAGUAACACUAGGAGCUUACUUUGCACACCCCCUUAUGCAGACUGCUAGCUACAACCUCCAUUGGUAG